GGUCUUAGAUAGGAUAUGAUUGAUGAAGUUCCUAAGCAGGUCUACUUAGAGUCGAGAAAGAGAUGGGCGACGCCGUGCGACAGAGAGGGUAGCUCGCUUUUUAGUGUGGCAUUAUUCAAGCGCUUCUCUGGCCAUUUCAGUUGCUGUAAGGUCUUCAAAAUGAAGGGAUCGACGCUGGACAAAAUCUCCGCCUUCCUCGGCGAGCUCAUCGGCACGGGCAUCCUGGUCUUCCUGGGCUGCAUGGGCUGCGUGAAGACAGACCUCUUCCCCAACAGCCAUCUGCAGAUUGUGCUGAACUUCGGCUUCGCCGUCCUCAUCGCCAUCCAGUGCUUCGGCUGCGUCUCCGGCGCCCAUCUGAAUCCCGCCGUGACCGUGGCCGCCUACAUCUACGAGAUGGUCACCCUGCGCAUGGCCUUUGCCUACUUCGCCGCCCAGAUGCUGGGCGCCUUCAUCGGCUAUGGCCUGCUCAUGGUCCUGCUCCCCUCGUCCACUCUCAAUGUGGGCGCCGGACUCUGUGUGACCUUGCCGCACGACAGCGUGUCCACCGGCCAGGCCUUCGGCAUCGAGUUCGUCAUCACCUCCAUCCUGGUCAUCGUCUGCUGCGGCGUCUGGGAUCCGCGCAACUCCAAGUUCCAUGACUCCGUGGGCAUUCGAUUUGGCCUGGCCAUCGCCUGCCUCGCCUGCGCUGCCGGUCCCUUCACCGGCGCCAGCAUGAACCCGGCCAGGUCGUUCGCCCCCGCCCUGUGGAACAAGUACUUCGAGAGCAACUGGAUCUACUGGCUGGCCCCGCUGAGCUCGUCCGCCAUCACCGCCUACGCCUACAAGGUGGUCUUCCGCCGCGAGGUGGUGGAGGCGGAGAUCACCUCCAACGAGAAGCUGCGGCAACUGGAGGACGUCCAGCUGUCGUAGAGCCAAAGACAUUGCUGUAGGAGCAGCCCUAACUAAUUUAGUUAAUAUCUAAGAUGCCGAAUUUUAAAAUAAUGCAUUCGUUGUACGCUAAUGUUAACAGUGUCUUCACAAAGUGCUCGAACGUUUCAAAGGCGAACCAAGUGCCCACCUAAGCUCUUGAAACGAUAAACGUCUUGGUGAAAACACUAAUUGCCUUCAGAAAUAAAGAACAUCGAGAUUUUUAAUCUAUAACAAA